CUCGGGCAACAGGUGGCAAUCUACCCCUGGGCAGGGGCUUGGGCAACAGGCAGCAACCUACCACUGGGAAGGGGCCUUGGGCAACAGGCGGCAACCUACCACUGGGCAGGGGCCUCGGGCAACAGGUGGCAACCUACCACUGGGCAGGGGCCUCGGGCAACAGGCGGCAACCUACCACUGGGCAGGGGCCUCGGGCAACAGGCGGCAAUCUACCCCUGGGCAGGGGUCUCGGGCAACAGGCGGCAAUCUACCCCUGGGCAGGGGUCUUGGGCAACAGGCGGCAAUCUACCACUGGGCAGGGUACUCAACGGGACUCUAGCUGUGGAGUCUGGCCUCAGCACAGCUCCCACCCAGCUUUCUAGGGUCAUUGGGUUCACGGGGACUCAACGGGUAGCGAUGGCUCAAGCACUCAGGGGCACCACAGGACACGGGUGGUCAGUGCACACACAGCGGGGCAGUUCGGAACACGGGUGGUCGGUGCACACAGCAGGGACAGUUCAGGACACAAGUGGUCGUGUGCACACCGGGGACAGUUCAGGACACGGGUGGUCGGUGCACACAGCGGGGACAGUUCAGGACACGGGUGGUCGGUGCACACAACAGGGACAGUUCAGGACACGGGUGGUCGGUGCACACAGCGGGGAAUAGUUCAGGAC